AUGAGCGCCUCGCCCUUCGCCACGCCUCUCAGUGCGCUCUCGCCGCCGCGCCGUCCGCACCGCCGCCUCGCCCGCCCGCGCCACGCCGCCACGCCCGCCCCGAGGCUCCUCCUGAGGCGCUGCCGGCCGAAGGAGACCCCGAGGGAUACCGGAAUGGAGGGAGAUAGGCAGAAAAUGGGAAGACGACUGUCUGCAUGGGCCUGCGUGCGCACCGUCUCAACCUUCUUCCUUGGCUUCGGCUUAGGCCUCGUCAUUCAUAUUUUCGCCAGCCUGUCUUUCGAACUAGCAAGAGAAAAUGCCCUAAAUAAUGACAUCACCACUAACAACACCGAAACGAAGGUGGGCGGCUCGUGGGCGUGGGGGCUUUCCUGGGGGCCGCGGGCGGCUCUGACCACACAGGGAGUGGGAGAUGCAAGCAGGGGAAGCAGUGUCAGCAGUCAAGACGCAAGACUAGAGGUCCCACCAGCCGGUCCACGUGUCCUGUGUUACGUACUGACUGGUCCCACGACACACAAAUCAGCACUGAAUGUACAGAAUACUUGGGGCCGACGCUGCGAUGCCAUGGUUUUCUUUAGCACGAAGGAGGACGUUGAGCUGCAGCCGGAGGUCCUGAAGGUACAGGAGGGCUACGGGUUCCUGUGGGCGAAGGCGAAGGCGGCCCUCGACCACCUGCACCGCCAUUACCCCGACUACGACUGGUACUUCAAGGCCGACGACGAUACCUUCGUCAUCGUCGAGAAUCUGAGGUUUUUCCUGAAGGACCUCGAGCCGCAGGAGCCAGCCUACUAUGGCGUCAAGUUCCGACAGCAUGUCAAGCAGGGCUACAUGUCGGGCGGCGGCGGCUACGUCCUGAGCAGGGAGGCUCUCAGGCGGUUCGCAACGGAGGCGCUGACGAUGAAGGACCAGACCAAAUGCGCCAACGAGGCCGUCAGGGGCGCCGAGGACCUCCUGCUCGGCCAGUGCCUCGAGUCCGUGGGCGUGCGGGCGGGAGACAGUCUGGACGCGGCCGGCAAACCCCGCUUCUUCUCACACAACCCUCUGUCGCUGUUCUACAAGGCGCCGCUCGUCAACAGGCUGCACUGGUACUGGAGGUACAUCUGGCACAAGCACGACGUGGGCCCCGACUGCUGCAGUCCGCACCUGAUCAGCUUCCACGACGUCGACGCGCGCAUGAUGUGGACGCUGGAGGCGCUGCUCUACCGCGUCCGGAUCCACCACGAGAUGCAGCCGCAGGAGGGCGGCGGCGCGGGCGAGGCUCCAGGCGCGUCGUGAUUCAAAUGAGUCUGCUUUUUCUUCUUCUUCUUCUGCGUUUCCUUGUUAUUACUACUAUUAUCCUCGUUAUUAGUCUUGUUACUAUUGUCUUUUUCAUCAUUGCUAUGCGUUUCUUUUUCCAUCUUUUUCUACUUCUUCUUCUUAUUUUUCUUUUUUUUCUUUUAUUCGUUUCCUCACACUUUUUCCUCUUUUUCUUCUUCGUCUUGUUCUUCUUCUUUCGUUGAUCUUUCUUCCCCCCAUCUUUUUUUUUUUAAUCCCUGCACCAAAGGAGAGCACGUAUUCACCCAUAGUAACCGUUCUUUGAUUUAUUAUGCAGGAUUAAGCAUAAAAGUUACGGACGGACUAUGAUCAGAAUUUAAAGGUGGUUUGCCCAUGGCCCUUGUGAACCAGAAUUUUUGUACAGACCUAUGAAGAAAUUAACGAAACCAUUACCUGUAUGAUCUGUGACAAAAAAUGGGACUUCUUAAAAAAAAAAAAAAAAUGUUAAAUUUCUAUCCUAGACGUUUUUGAGUUAUCAGAGCGAUGGCGAAUGUUUGUGCUCUCUGAGUGGCCUUUAUUCUCCUGUGGUUUCCUGGUCAGACUCAUCAAUCUUUCUUUUGCCUGUAUUGUAAGAAAGAUAUUCUAAAACAGGUUUGUAUUAUUCAUGCAUAUUGCAUCUUCGUACCUAUAUGUAUGUUCUAAUACAUGUUUGAUGUUUAAUACAUAUUUAUGUAUUUAUGUAUAAUGUUUAUAAAAUUGUUGUAUAA